CUGUGCUACUCGAUCUUCUAUCGUGACUGGCAAUAAUUCCAAGGCAUGAAGUAAUGAUAAAAGGAAAGACUCUGGCCAGUUGCCAAGUGCAAUGCUUAAUGGUCUUAAUUGUAUCUCUAUAAGGAACCCGUCGUUAUUUACUCGUUUGGUGUAUUCACCUGAACUCUGAGGCAAUAAGCUGCACUCAAGCUCUGUUCUUAUGCUGAAGAAAACAGGGAUAAAGAGGAAGAAACGAUAAAGGGCUCUAGUACCUAUAGCAUCUCUCAUACUUCACCGCAUACAGCUUCCUGAAUAUUAAUUCCACGAUGGGAACGACAUCCGUCCGCCGCAAUCUUUUCCACCACCAUCUCAGCAAACGCUCUGUAUCAGCAGCUCCCCCCAAUGCCUCGAUGCAAAGUGGUGCAAACGGCGGACUACCCAGUCUCUCCUCCCAUGCUUUGUCAUCUGCGUCAUCUGAAUCGACACAGUCGCUGGGCUCCGGCACGUUCGAUGGCGGGGAGAUCGUGGUUAAGGAUAAAAAUGGUGAUUAUAAACUCGACACUCCUGUUCUUCCGCCGGCCGUUGGGGGAGAGGAUGGGGACGAGAUGGAGGGCAUAGAGGGUGGGGCUACUAGAGGAUCUGGGGCUACGGGGGCUGAUUCCACAGCACAAACGGAAAUUAGCGGACGCGAGAAAGAGAAGAUCGAGGCAAGUCUAGUAGAGAUGAUGUACCGGAGUCGGAACAGGCAGAUGAGCACCGAACCAGCUGAAAUUCUGAAUCUCAUUCAUCAGAGCCUUCAGAACAAAGUGGCCUCCCUGGAUGAAGAUAACUGGAUAUACGAACCAGAACCCGAUUCGCUGUUCUAAUCGAUGCCGCUUACAUCAUGUAUGGUUAUCUUCGUGGCAAGCUGUGCAU